CUUUGAACACAGAUCCAGUCUGUUAUAAUGGCAGGGCCUAGUAAGAGCAGCAGCUCAAUGGUUUGCAGUGAUGACCCUCCACCUCUGAGUAUUACACUGAAGAAGACAAGAGAUCUGCCAAAGAAGAUGAAACAAUGGAGCAGAGACCAUCUUCCAGUUGACAUUCUGCUUUUGACUGUGGAGGAUUGCGAGCUCUUGGCUUGUUAUCAUUACCUGUGCGAUCCCUUUAAAAGCUAUGAGAGAUCCAUUGGAUAUGUGUAUUUUGGAAAGAUAGGUGAAGAAGAUGGGCCACUGAAAGUUGCCCUAUUGAGGUGUUCUAAAGAAUCUGCAGAUCCUGGAGGUUCUCAAACUGCUGCUAAAAAUGCUGUCACACUCCUGAAUCCCAAGGCUACAUUUUUGGUUGGUUUCUGCUACAGUUUGAAUGCUGACAAAGCCCAGUUAGGAGAUGUGGUGUUAUCCUCAAUGCUUGCAACAUAUUUUAACAAAACCCCAGUGAGUAGAGAUGUUGGCAAACUUAUCAGAAGUGCAGCUGAUGGAUGGGAGGCACCAUUAGAAAACCCAGAAGCACGAAAAGUCAAUGUCCAUCGUGAUGGAGAGAUUUUGAGUUGCUGUGAUCUGAAUGGUGCCAAACAGCAGUGUCAUUUACACCCUGGGGCAAUUGCAGUUGAAAUGGAAGGAAAAGGUGAGAAUUAUUCUCAGGGUUACUCUUGCUUGGCAUUUGUGAUCAUUGUUUUUCCAUGAGAAGAAUUACAUGUAUUCCUCAUGUCCAGUGUGAUAAAAUGUCACUAGGAUCACUCACACAAAGCUGACCACCGUCAAUUAACUCUAUGUAAACUUUUUUUCAUGUGUGCGCUUUGGGCCUAAGUACUGAUUGGCAUAAGUGAAAUUUGUUGGGAUUAUCGUUCAUUUCUCUAUAAUAUAACUUUUUGAUCUCAUCUCAGUGGCUCAGUAACAGAAGAUGAUUGUUCUCAGUCAUUUACAAAAGCGCACUGCGAGCAAGAAAUAAAUUAUGAGUAGUCGUGCAGGUCCUCAAACAUAAUGUGUAUUACAUGGCACUCUCAAUUUCAUGUUCUUAAGCUUUACCCUUGAGCUACAGGGUCAGAAGGGAGCUUCUGAUGGCUAAGCUGUAAGGCCAGGUUUCUGAAGGAAGUGAGAAAGUUAGCAAUUUUGUAUGGGGAGUGAUCACCACAAGUGCACAAUGGUAAUGAGUAUUACCGCGUACCCUCCACUUUGAUGUCCUUUAGCUUUAGCUCUGAACUACAGGAGGCUUCUGGUUGCUAAACUAGCCAGGAGAAGGGGAAGUACCUAUAAAUUUAUUGUAGGGGGUCAGUGGAAAGCUCAGGUGUACAAUGGUAAUGUGUAUUGCAGUGUACCCUCCAACUUGUCAUAUUUUGAAGCCUCACCUCUGAACCAUUCAAAGCUCAUGAUUGUUAGACUAUUAAGCCAGGUUUUUGUGUGAGGUGAGGUACUCAAUACUUUUUGUUCGAGGAUAUUCUUUCCUGAAUUCCAAAUCCUUACUCUUUAAUAUAGUGCAUCUGACCAAAAAGGUACCCUGCUCUACUCAUUAUACUCACUAGGAAGGGUGGUGCUAAUUUAUAAACCUGUAGAAAAAAACAACAUUCCUUAAAGAAAUACGGUGGCAAAAGAAAAAAUAAAAAGAUUGAUCUGCAGAAAAACGAAGCCUCUUCUGCUCAAAUGAAUCGUAAUUAUCUCCCUAUAAUAUCAUUGUUUAAAUCCAUUUCAAUUUUUAUUGGUUUUUUUUUUCA